UCGUCCUGCCGUGCCCCUCCAGACUGCGGAGGCAGCCGAGGCCAGCCAAGCAGGACCAGGGUGGAAGGCGUGGAAGAGCUGCAUCUAGCUGAUCUCUGAGCAACGCCUGAGGCUUACCUGCACCAGACAGUGACAGCCCACAUCCCCAGUGGUCAAGCCCUUUGCUGCAAGCAUGGACAUCGUGGAGAGGGUCCUCUCUGUGGCCCAGGCCAUCUAUGCCCAAUUCGAGCAGGUGAAGUGCUGUAAGCACCAGUGCCAGCGCCUCGUGGAGCGCAUCCAGAUUCUGCUGGAGCCUGUGAGGAUCCUUAGGGCUCAGCCACGACAGCACAUCUCCCACCAUGAAGAGGAACUGAUGAAAAAGCUGCUCCAGGCACUGGGGGAAGCCCAGAAACUGGUGAUGAAAUACAGCCAGACCAGCUGGAUCCAGAAGUUUCUGCGAGCCCGAAGUACUGGUGAGGAGUUUGUCCGGGUGAAUGAAAGCCUGGAGGACAUUGCCCAGGGGCUCUCACUCCUGCUGCAGGCAGAGCAGAAGCAGGCUUUCCUGGAAGCUUUCCAGUCAAAGAUAUGUCGCAGGCAGGAUGCUGAGGACCUGAAGGAUGACAGAGCUUUCUUGGACCAGGUGAUUGCAAGUACUGAGGAGCCCAAAGAUGUGGUUGAGAAGAUCUACAGUGACAGGGAGUAUAUGGAGAGCAAGGUGGACUGGAUGCAAAGCGAGCUGAACAAAGUCAUUCGUGAGAUGGAGCGUUUGAAGAAGGUCAAUGUUGGUAAAAGAGAAGACAUCACUGAGAUCAAGAGAGACCACCUCACUUUCCACAGGCACCUGCAGGACACAGAGAGCUAUGACCUUUAUGAGGGCGAGUACCUCAAGUACCCUGUUGCCAUCAAAUCCUUCAAGAGGCCACUGACCACUGACCCAGUCAAGGUGAGAGACAUCUUUGAGAAGGAGAUUCAGACCCUAAAGAAGUUUGAGUCUCCAAACAUCCUGCGCAUGUACGGGAUCUGCAUUGAGGAGAAUGAUGGGAGUCCCUGCUUCUCCAUUAUCAUGGAGUACUGUAAGCAUGGGACACUGCGGGAUGUGCUGAACAAGCAGCAGCAUCUUUCCUGGGAUAUCCGAAUUCGGAUGGCCCUGGGAGCUGCCAGAGGCCUUUAUAGGUUGCACCAGACAGGGGAGAAGUCCCGACUCCAUGGCUGCAUCUGCAGUAGCAAGUUCCUGGUGGCUGGGGAUUACUGUGUAAAGCUGUCAGGAUUUGAGCUGUGUGAAACAGAAUCAUCCAUCAAGAGGAAAGCCAAGAAGGAAUGGAAACAAAUCUCUAUGUUGGCUUACAUCGCUCCAGAGAACCUGAAAGACAUCAACUACCCUUAUAAGAGGCCCUGUGAAAUAUACAGCUUUGGGAUCGUUCUGGCAGAGAUUGCAACCUCCAAAAUCCCAUUUGAAGGCUGCACUCCUGAGGAGAUUGUGGAGAAAAUCUGCAAUCACCAUUACUGGGACCCUCUUGGGGAAGAUUGUCCUGAAGACCUGAGGAAAGUCAUUGAACAGUGCCGGGCCUUUGACCCUUCUCAACGCCCUUCUGCUGAGGAGAUUGUGGACUCGCUGGCUGACCUGGAGAAAAGCAGAAACCAAGGAAGUUAACAGUGGAAAACGGGGCCAGCUUCGCCUCGCCAAGGGGCCGUGCCUGGGUGGCCUCAGGGGCAGCUGGGGAGUGAGGUGACUUGAGGAGAGGCUGUCAAGGAGCCUAGGGGGACCAGAGGAAUGGAACAUAUCUUCUUUUAAAAGAAAAGGCUGAGGGAGCUGAGCCUGUUCAGCCUUGAGAAGAGAUGGCGACUGACAUGAGAGCCCAUCAGUGUCUGUCCCUAUUUGAAGAGAGACUUCAGAGCAUGGACCAGGCUCUGCUGGGCGGCACCCAGCAAUAGGACAAAAGCCAAAGGGCAGAAAAUGAUCCAUAGGAAGUUUCACUUGAAUAUGAGGAAGAAUUUCUUUUCUGUGCGGGUGAUCAUACACUGGAACAUUGCUCAGAGAGGGUGUGGAGUUUUCCUCACUGGCGAUAUUCCAGAAACAUCUGGAUGCAAUGCUGUGAAACAGGAGGUGGGACCAGAUGAUUCACCGUGCUCCUUCCAACCUGACCCGUUCUGUGAUCCUCCUCGGGCCCGCUCCUGCCCACGGGGCGCCGGGGCCCGGCUACCCUGGGGCCACCUCCGGCUCCCCUUGGGCUCCCCCUGUUCCUCCCAAACCCUUUCCGGUUCCGCUCGCCUCCUCUCGGGGUUCCCCUUGGUUUUCCCCGGGCCCCUCCCCAGCUUCCC